GACAACAAAACCUGCCAAGCUAGAAGGUGUAUAAAUAAAAAUCUGCAAGGCUUUGCCUUUCGCAACCCAUUCCCAUCCAUUACCCUUUCCUCCAUGGGAAGGUCUCCCUGCUGCGACGAGAAUGGCCUCAAAAAAGGACCUUGGACUCCUGAAGAAGACCAGAAGUUAGUUCUCUAUAUCCAGAAGCACGGCCAUGGAAGCUGGAGAGCACUUCCCAAGCUUGCUGGAUUGAAUAGAUGUGGCAAGAGCUGCAGAUUAAGAUGGACAAACUAUUUGAGGCCUGACAUCAAGCGUGGGAAGUUCUCCCCUGAGGAGGAGCAAAGCAUCCUUAAUCUCCACUCCAUUCUUGGAAAUAAGUAUACGCAUAUCGCGACACAUUUACCAGGAAGAACAGACAAUGAGAUAAAGAACUUCUGGAACACCCACCUGAAGAAAAAACUCAUACAAAUGGGAUUCGAUCCAAUGACACACCGUCCUCGAACCGACUUCUUCGCCGCACUUCCUCACCUCCUCGCCCUCGCCAAUCUCGUCGAGCACCGUCCGUCCACCUGGCUCGUCGACGGCCUAAGCGCCGACGCCGCCAAGUUACAGUGCCUUCAAUAUCUCCUCCACUCUGCCACUCCACCUUCAGCCGAUAACUCCAUUAACAAUCUCAUGAACAGUACGGACCAGUCCUUCCCUUCUUCCUUUGAUUCCAUCAACAUUAACCAGCCACUGUUUAAUGCAAGCAGCACGAAUAUUGAUGUGUCUUUGGGCUACGAUCAGCCUCUGUUGAGCAAUGAGAACUCGAGCUUUAGUUUGUUCAGACAUGGAGAAAGCAUUGCGCCUCUAUCAAAUCUUCCUCCUUUGGCUGAUUUUUCAAACCCAGGUGAUGCAUGUAGCACUUCAAGUUGUGUAGGAAGCGCGGCGGCUUCAAGCUGGCCUGAUCUGUUGCUUGAUGAUCCAUUCAUGUCUGAGUUUGCUUGAUCUUAAUUUACAUCUUUUUCGUUUUUUAUUUUCUUUUUUUGGAAGAUUCUGAGCUGAAGGAGGAUGGAGAGAGAUAAAUAUCAUUGGAUUUGUGUCUGAAUAAAUGAUUUGUCAACCCAAUACAAAUCUAAUGAUAUCUUUUUCUCCCCAUUCUUCUUUUGCUUUCCCAAGGAAUUUUUCUACUUUAUUUUCUUGAGAAAAUAUUAGGUCGUGGGAGUUUCGUAUGUUGGCAGUUUAAUCAUGAAGGCCACAUCGUCAUAUACGUGAUGAUGUGAUCUUUUAUGAUUAGACGUUCGAAUUUGGAGCUCCUUGAUGUAAUAUUUACUCUAUUUUCUUCAUGUGAUUACUUUGUUUGAAACAAUUGCUACUCCAGA